AUGGUGUUCGGUGCUCGAUUGAAGAAUCCUGAAGAAGACUUAGGGCGCGCAGACCAGGGAGCGGGAUCAACCAUGCAUGUGCGCUUUCAUGUUAGUGAGGUGUUCUCGCUGUCAUAUGAUAAUGAUCAAUGCAUAUCACAGAUGUCCCGAAACUCCCUUGCGUCCUGA